GCGACCUCACUCUCGCUCGCAACCCUAGCUCCCACUCUCUUGCUCGCGAUUCUCUCUCACUCUUGCUCGACGCUGGUUCCGCUUGCAGCCCUUGCUCGCGCCUCGCGGUGGUUCAGAGCAAUCUCUCUCGCACGCACGGUGGUCAUAACUGGAACCAAUCUAGCCAUCAGUUGAAACAGCGAUCUUACAAAAAAUGGCAACUGCACCUGCACAAAUUCCUACAAGCUUUGGUCAUGAGUUGAGGGCAUGUCUUCGUUGCCGCCUUGUCAAAACCUAUGAUCAGUUCAGAGAGUCAGGCUGUGAGAACUGCUCAUUCUUUAAGAUGGAAGAAGAUCAUGAGCUAGUUGUUGAUUGCACUACUCCCAAUUUUAAUGGGAUCAUUUCAGUUAUGGAUCCAAAUCGGAGUUGGGCUGCCCGUUGGUUGCGCAUUGGAAAGUUUGUUCCUGGUGUUUAUACUCUUGCUGUCUCAGAGGCUCUUCCUGAAGAGAUGCAGGCUAUAUGUGAAGACGAGCGGGUGCAGUAUAUCCCUCCCAAACGUUUGUGAAUGACGUAAAUUUUGGCUGUCAUACUCUAAUGUGAUCCGAAUUGUCUUGAUGAAGGUAGAUUUAAAGCAUUUGCAUAGUGACUUCUUAGAAUUCGCCGAGCUUUAUGAAAUGUUUUUGUUCUGAUGAAGAAAUAAAUCGAUGACGAGUUAUUAUGUACUAUGGGGAGAUCAUGAAUCAAACAUUAUUUACUGCAUUUUCGGACCUAAA